GUGGACCACAGGUGCAACAACUUGAGUGCAGUAAAAGUAAAGCUGAUAUUAUAUUCAUACUAGACGCCUCGGAGAGUGUAGGCCCACAAGACUUCAUCAAAGUUCGAGAAUUUGUGAGAGCAAUAACACGUGAACUUGAUGUAAGUCGAGACACCAAUCGCAUUGCUGCCAUUUCUUUCUCAGAUGGCGUCACGGAGCAUUUCUUCUUGGAUACAUUUGAUAAUAAACAAGAUGUACUUGACGCACUUCAGAAUAUAUCUUACGUAGGGGGAUCUACAAAUACUCAAGCCGCCCUCGUAGCUUUACGCGAGGAUAUUGCUAUACCGGAACGAGGUGACCGGGAGGAAAUUCAAACAAUUGGUAUUUGUUUAACAGAUGGUGCUUCAAAGGUUCGUGGUGUCCGUGAAGCUGCAACUGCAGUGAAAGAUAUGGGAGUUGCGCUGAUCAUGAUCGGGGUGAACACAACAUCGUUGAGCAUUGAUGAAUUGAACGACAUUGCGAGCAAACCAACAAAAGACUUUUCAUAUGUGAUUGAAAGUUAUUCAGAAUUAUUCAGCAUUUCAAGUAAGA